UACGCAUCCGUCCGCAUCGCACAGUUUGUAAUAAAUCGUCGCGUCGCUCCAGCGCAGGCAGCUCGGGGAGCGCGUACAACAACAGUAGACUGCAGAGAUGAACCCACAGACAGUGGCAGUUUUCGUCCUGAGCCUGGGGCUGGUAGCGAGCGGUUUUCCCACCGAACAGCCAGAAAAUGGGAAACGCUGGGUUGUCCUAGUGGCUGGAUCCAAUGGCUGGUACAACUACAGACACCAGGCCGACGUCUGCCAUGCGUAUCAGAUUGUCCACAAGAACGGCAUCCCUGACGAGCAGAUUGUGGUGAUGAUGUAUGAUGAUCUCGCUACAGAUCCGAAUAACCCAACUCCAGGAGUGAUCAUAAAUCGACCUAAUGGAACUGAUGUUUACAAAGGAGUGCUGAAGGACUACACCGGUGGUGAUGUGACUCCUCAGAAUUUCCUGGCCGUGUUGAAAGGUGAUGCUGCUAGUAUAAAGGGAGGAUCUGGAAAAGUGCUGAAAAGUGGUCCAAAUGAUCAUGUGUUUGUGUAUUUCACUGAUCACGGUGCCCCAGGUCUGCUGGCCUUCCCUAAUGAUGACCUUAAUGUAGAUGACCUGAUGAACACCAUCAAGUACAUGCAUACAAACAAUAAAUACAAGAAGAUGGUGCUUUAUAUUGAAGCCUGCGAAUCUGGCUCCAUGAUGAAACCUCUGCCUGUUGACAUUGACGUCUAUGCCACAACUGCUGCCAACCCUGAUGAGUCCUCGUAUGCCUGUUACUAUGAUGAGGCCAGAGACACCUACCUGGGAGACUGGUACAGCGUCAACUGGAUGGAAGACUCGGACGUGGAGGAUCUGAGAAAAGAGACUUUAGCCAAACAGUUUAAGAUCGUAAAGGCCAAAACCAACACUAGCCAUGUGAUGCAGUAUGGAAACAAGACGCUGUCCCACAUGAGGGUGAAUGCGUUCCAGGGUAACUCAAAGGGUCUUAAGGCAGCUGAGCCUGUGUCUUUGCCUCUGGUUACUGAACAUGACCUUAUGAGCAGCCCUGAUGUGCCUCUUGCAAUCAUGAAGAGAAAACUCAUGAAGACCAAUGACAUCUAUGCUGCUCACCAGCACCUGCAGGAGAUCAAUACACAUAUGCAGGUGCGGGAGCUGCUUGCUAACACUAUGCGUAAGAUUGUGGAGCAUGUGGUGCAGGAAAAAGAAGAAGUGAAAGAUUAUCUGGAGGGACGUGAAGAUCUGACACAGUAUGACUGUUAUAAAACCGCCGUCAACCACUACAAGCAACACUGCUUCAACUGGCACCAGCAGGAGUAUGAAUAUGCUCUAAGACACCUGUAUGCUUUAGUCAACCUGUGUGAGGGAGGAUACCAGGCCCACAGAAUCACAGCAGCAAUGGACCACGUGUGUUACUUCAGAAAGUAGAAACGUGAACAUAAGCCAAUAUGGGGCUGUGGAUGAACUACUUUGCACAAAAGAAUCUCACAGUGGGAGAAAUCUGUAUAACACUGCAGUGUCAUGCUAGACUUUGUUCUGAUCUUUUUUUAAAUGUGUUUUUAUGAGGAACGUUUUUUAAAUUUUGUGUGAAAUGUUUUACUUUGGUUUUAUUUUUGUUUUAAAGAAAGAAGCAGUAAGAGCUGCCCAGAGACUCCUGACAAACUAGUUAAGUUGUUAACAUUUUGUUUUCUGAUUAUUUUGAAAUGCCCAAUCAACAAGAGACAAACAGAAUUUUGGCUGGGCAGUAAGUUUCUAGAAUGGCAUGACAAACAUUUGCAUGGCAUAUUUUUUGCAUUUAAAAUUAUUAAAGAUUUCUGGAGAGUUUGGAAACCAAAGAACUUCAAUGUUCAGUCAAUGAAUGAGGUUUGAUUCUUCGAAAUGGAGAAUAAAUGCUGUUAAUAAAAUUAACUACAUUUCAUUUAACACAAACACUAGCUUAAAUUUUUACUGCACGUUUUUGAUAGUGCUGUCAUAAAUUGUAUUUUUUUUUUUACUUUGCUUAGUUAACAAGCAGAUAAACAAUGGCAAUGCCCAAUUUCACUGCAUUAAUAAAAACAAAAAAACUUUGAUAUAUUAACUAAAUAUGUACACAUCAACCUAAUCUAACUACUUUAAACCUGUGGUCGUACUUAACAAGAAAAGUCUUAAAUAACUGAGAUCACCUUUCAAAAACGGCUGCAGGUCAGGCAUCUAAUAAGCAGGUUUGUUCUGCGUAAUGGGUGGUACGUCAGGCGGGGUUAUUAUGUCGAGUGCUCUUUAUUUAGAGAAAAUUGAGGACUUGAUGCUUUGAUUUAAAGGGAGUGUAAUGUGUGCGUGUUUAAUGGAUUUACAGCUCUGUAGGGAAAGUAGGCUUGGGACAUGGGCUAAACUUCUGUGAAACAAUACUCCACUGGAAACUGUCUUCCUGUCAAUGUGUAAUCUGUUAAGUACUGAGUUGUACUUGAUUAAGAUAAAUAAUAAAAUUGAAUUGAAUUUG